CAAAUGACUUGGAGAACUAAACAUGACCAAAUAACAAGAGAUUCCUUGGCCCUCACUGCUCAGUCUCUUGGACGAACGUCCAAGUUCUUACCAAUAUUACGAUGUCUGAACCUAAUGCACCAACUCGACACCCAAUCUAUUAUUUUGAUGCUUCAAGUCACAUUUUCCAGUUGAGUUUUUCCGUUUAUCAAUUCAUUCCUUAUUUGAAAGUUGCUGUGUUGGAAGGUCGAAAAUGUGCUGUACAGACUCUGCAAAUCAAUCUUGUCGACAGCUUCUGUUGUGUUUCGCAAUAUGUUUACUUCCCUACCGGAUGGACAAACAGAACUGGAUGGAAUGAGUGAUAAAAAGCCCAUCUAUCUCGACGGACUGUCCCAGGAGACCUUCGAACUAUUUCUUGAAUAUACCUUUGGAAGAAUGCGCACUGGCCCUUACAGCACUGACGAGCUCUCGAAAUUCCUUCACUUUUGCGACAUGUAUCAAUGCCGCCAUGCACAACAAUUUGUCGUGCACCGCAUAUUUUGUUCACGUUUUAAUUUCCACCCAGCUCAGUUGAUCAACCUGGCCAUUAAAUACCAUGUACGCUCCCUCUUUCCUUUCGCUUUCAAGGAACUGGUAGAAACACCUAUUACUGAAAUCACACGCACGCACCAGGAGCUAAUCGGGCAAGAGGUGUUUUUGAACAUUGUUUACGUUCAAGCAGCGCUUGAUCAUCAUCGUCAGCUCGUAGCUGCGGAGGAGCCAAAAAUCUUGAUGCACUCGGAUGACUGUCAAGACCCCACAGGUUGUAGUGAGGAUUGGCACACUAUUUGGUGGAAUGGAAUGGGCCGGUUCCUUCUCGAUGGCAGGAAUCCACAGCCCUAUAGUGAUGCUGUCAAGCGUUUCAAGGAAUUGAAGUUUGGACGGGUUAGUGAGGGUUGCAAAGAGCUGAUGUUCAAGAGCCUGAAUCAAGGAGCCGCAUUUCGUCACGCUGAACAUUUUAUUUCUGAAGCUAGUCGCAUAUUAGUUGAAAAGUUGAUUUUCGAGCCGUAGUUUCACUCAUGUUUGAUAGUACCGCUUCACUUGAUCCAUGGAUUUUUUAUAUUUGUGAAUGACAUGGUCUUGUGUUAGCCCGAGUUUUAAAAA